CUUUUUAUGGUUUCUUCAUUGGGACGGGAUUUCAUCAUUUCGACACACACAUCUGAGCGAGAGAGGACUCAGAUCUACACGCCGAAACUGAGUCUCGCCUUCUUCUUUCUCUCGUUCUCGAUUCCUUUCUCGAGAGAGGACUCAGAUCCCUUCCAUUUUCUCUCCUGCGAUCUCUCUACGUACCCAUACUGACGCUUGUUUGGUAAUGCUGCUGAUCAUCGGCGUGACGCUGUGCUUAAUCGCCUCCUUCGUGAACUGAUCCGAUCUGAGAGUGUUCCUGAUUCGUUAUCGUGGAAUAUGCUGACGAAGUUCGAGACAAAGAGCAACAGAGUUAAGGGUCUGAGCUUCCACAGCAAAAGGCCAUGGAUUCUUGCGAGUUUGCACAGUGGUGUGAUCCAGCUGUGGGAUUAUCGUAUGGGGACUUUGAUCGAUAGAUUCGACGAGCACGAGGGACCUGUCCGUGGUGUUCAUUUCCACAGAUCACAGCCUUUGUUCGUCUCGGGAGGGGAUGAUUACAAGAUUAAGGUUUGGAACUACAAAACGCACAGGUGCCUCUUCACUCUACUUGGGCAUCUUGAUUAUAUCCGCACGGUCCAGUUUCACCAUGAGUACCCAUGGAUUGUGAGUGCUAGUGACGAUCAGACUAUCCGCAUAUGGAACUGGCAAUCACGGACCUGUAUUUCUGUCUUGACUGGUCACAAUCAUUACGUUAUGUGUGCUUCUUUCCAUCCAAAAGAAGACCUUGUUGUAUCAGCCUCCUUGGAUCAGACUGUCCGUGUUUGGGAUAUUGGCGCUCUUAGGAAGAAGACCGUAUCUCCUGCUGAUGACAUCCUGAGGUUGAGUCAAAUGAACACUGACCUUUUCGGCGGUGUUGAUGCUAUAGUCAAGUAUGUCCUAGAAGGUCACGAUAGAGGAGUAAAUUGGGCAGCUUUCCAUCCCACCCUGCCUCUCAUAGUCUCUGGUGCAGAUGAUCGCCAAGUGAAGUUGUGGCGCAUGAAUGAAACUAAGGCCUGGGAAGUGGACACACUCCGAGGCCAUAUGAAUAAUGUGUCAUGCGUUAUGUUCCAUGCCAAGCAGGACAUUAUUGUAUCUAACUCUGAAGAUAAAAGCAUCCGUGUCUGGGAUGGUACCAAGCGAACUGGACUCCAAACUUUCCGCCGUGAACACGACAGGUUCUGGAUUCUUGCGGUUCACCCUGAGAUGAAUCUACUGGCAGCAGGACAUGACAGCGGAAUGAUUGUCUUUAAACUUGAGAGAGAACGCCCCGCAUUUUCUGUUAGUGGUGAUUCCUUGUUCUAUGCCAAGGAUAGAUUUUUGCGUUACUACGAGUUCUCGACUCAAAGAGACUCGCAAGUCAUCCCUAUACGACGUCCUGGUACCCCAAGCCUGAACCAAAGUCCAAGGACUUUAUCUUACAGCCCCACAGAAAAUGCCGUUCUGAUCUGCUCAGAUGUUGAUGGUGGUUCUUAUGAGUUGUACAUCAUUCCAAAAGAUAGUGUUGGUAGGAGUGACUCUGUGCAAGAGGCAAAGAGGGGCUCUGGAGGCUCUGCGGUAUUUAUAGCUCGAAAUCGGUUUGCUGUGCUGGAGAAAAGCACCAACCAAGUGCAGGUCAAGAAUCUCAAGAACGAGGUGGUUAAAAAUAGUUCCCUGCCAAUUCCUACCGAUGCUAUUUUUUAUGCUGGAACAGGAAAUUUGCUUUGCAGAUCUGAGGAUAGAGUGGUUAUAUUUGACCUUCAGCAAAGGCUGGUUCUUGGUGACCUUCAGACCCCUUUUGUCAGAUACAUUGUUUGGUCUAAUGACCUGGAGACUGUCGCUUUACUCAGCAAGCAUACUAUCAUCAUUGCCAGCAAGAAGCUUGUCCACCAAUGCACCCUUCAUGAGACAAUACGUGUGAAGAGUGGAGCUUGGGAUGACAACGGUGUUUUCAUAUACACAACUUUGAACCAUAUGAAAUAUUGUCUCCCGAAUGGAGAUAGUGGAAUAAUCCAAACUCUCAAUAUCCCUAUCUAUAUCACAAAGGUUUCUGGUAAUAAUGUCUUCUGUUUGGACCGGGAUGGGAAAAACAGGGUUAUUGCCAUCGAUGCAACAGAAUACAUUUUCAAGCUUUCACUGUUGAGGAAGAGGUAUGAUCAUGUCAUGAGCAUGAUUAGGAAUUCCCAAUUGUGUGGGCAGGCUAUGAUUGCUUACCUGCAACAGAAAGGAUUCCCAGAAGUUGCCCUCCAUUUUGUGAAAGAUGAAAGGACUCGGUUCAACCUGGCUUUGGAAAGUGGUAACAUCGGUAUUGCUGUUGAAGCAGCUAAAGAGAUCGACGAGAAAGAUCUCUGGUACAGACUUGGGGUGGAGGCUCUCCGACAAGGUAAUGCUAAAAUUGUGGAGUUUGCCUACCAGCGGACAAAGAACUUUGAGAGGCUAUCUUUCCUCUAUCUCAUCACUGGCAAUAUGGAAAAGCUGUCCAAGAUGAUGAAGAUUGCUGAAGUUAAGAAUGACGUGAUGGGUCAAUUUCACGAUGCCCUCUACCUUGGGGAUGUGAGAGAGCGUGUUAAGAUCCUGGAAGGUGCUGGGCAUUUGCCUCUUGCUUAUAUCACAGCUUCGGUUCACGGUUUACAUGACAUUGCUGAGCGUCUGGCGGCUGAGUUAGGAGACAACAUUCCCACUCUGCCCGAAGGUAAAACUCCAUCGCUUCUAAUGCCACCGCCUCCCGUCAUGGGUGGUGGUGAUUGGCCCCUUCUGAGAGUUAUGAAAGGAAUAUUUGAAGGAGGGCUUGAGAGCGGUGUCAGAGGGGCAGUUGAUGAAGAGGAUGACGGCGAAGGUGAUUGGGGCGAGGAGCUUGACGUGGUUGAUAUUGACGGAAUACAGAAUGGGGACGCAGAAGAAAUUAUGGAGGAUGGAGAAGUGGGUGAAGAAAACGACGAGGAAGGUGGAUGGGAACUCGAAGACCUGGAACUCCCGCCAGAGCUCGAAACACCGAAGGUGUCUGCCAAUUCACGUUCUGCAGUCUUUGUGGCACCGACUCCGGGCAUGCCCGUAAGUCAAAUCUGGACCCAGAAAUCAUCACUUGCUGCUGAACACGCAGCAGCUGGGAGCUUCGAUACCGCUAUGCGAUUGCUGAACAGACAGCUCGGCAUAAAGAAUUUUACGCCGUUGAAAUCCAUGUUCCUUGAUCUGUUUGCGGGCAGCUACAGCUAUCUGCGUGCGUUUUCUUCAUCUCCUGUGGUAUCCCUCGCCAUCGAACGUGGAUGGAACGAAUCUGCCAGUCCCAGCAUCCGUGGGCCGCCAGCCCUUGCUUACAAUUUCUCUCAGCUGGAAGAGAAGCUCAAGGCCGGUUACAAAGCCACGACUGCCGGAAAAUUCACAGAGGCUCUUCGUCUUUUCCUCUCCAUCCUCCACACCAUCCCCCUCGUGGUAGUGGAGUCAAGGAGAGAAGUCGACGAAGUCAAGGAGCUGAUCAUUAUCGUUAAAGAAUACGUCCUCGGUUUGCAAAUGGAGCUCAAGAGGAGGGAAAUGAGAGAUGAUCCUGUACGGCAGCAGGAGCUAGCUGCUUAUUUCACCCACUGCAAUCUGCAAACGCCUCACCUAAGGCUCGCCCUUCUCAGCGCAAUGAGCGUCUGCUACAAGGCAAAGAACCUUGCCACGGCUUCUAACUUCGCCAGGAGGUUACUAGAAACAAACCCGACAGUGGAGAGCCAGGCCAAGAUGGCGAGGCAAGUCGUGCAGGCCGCCGAACGCAACAUGACUGACGCAGCCAAGCUGAACUACGAUUUCAGAAACCCGUUUGUGACAUGUGGGGCCACCUAUGUCCCGAUCUAUCGGGGUCAGAAGGACGUGUUGUGUCGUUACUGCACGGCUCGGUUUGUGCCAAGUGAGGAAGGUAAGCUCUGUUCUGUCUGCGAUCUCGCUGUCAUUGGGGCAGACGCUUCAGGAUUGCUAUGCUCUCCUUCUCAAGUCCGGUGAUCAUUCAUUACAAAUGCCUUUCUACGACGCAGACACAAGGCAAGUAAGAUACGCUUUUACCGAAAGAGAGUUUUAUUUUUAUUUCAUUUUCGUAUGUUGAAAUAGCAAACUGGUUUGUGUUUGUGAUGUCUUACUGUGAAUCAGGUUCAUCAUCAAUGGGCUUCGUUCGUUGCAGGUUA